AUGCUGAACAAUUUGCUGAACAACAAUACGAACAACAACGCCGAAGGACCUGCAGAGUGCUGGCAUGGCAUGAUCAUAGUGUUUGGUACAAAAUUUCUUCAGUGGCGUAAAUUUUUUAGUUGAAGAAAUCCUGGCCAGUGAACAAACACACUCGCAUCACAUGGGGAAGCCAAACAACCAGGACAAAACCACUCGGAGGAAUGACCAAGCUCACGAUCAGGAUUUUGUCAGAGCAAACGGCCAUGCUGGCGAGAAAGAUAACCGGCCUUUCAGUAUCAAUUGCGAGUGGGAUAUCAAACAAACCCAGCAGUUCUCCGAUGAUGGAACUAAUACCUAUUUCUGGUAAGCCGAGAUAAGUUAAUUUCCAAAGGAAACGUGUUAAUGUUCUCCCCCAGUUAUUAAAUAACGCUUGAAUUCGGGUGCAUUUUCAUGCCUCUGACUGUAUACGUACAUGUAAGCUUAAAUUACUUAAAGUUAAUUCUGAAUAAUGCAUUAUGAAGCAUAAUGCAAGACACUAUUAUAAGAUGCAUCUGGUCACCUUAAACUUUAAUAUUUUGUUAUUUUACAAAUGGAAGUGUUUCGUUUCUUUUGCCCUGCGAUCGUCACAUGUCACGUACGUCGGAGAGCAAAUUAGGCUAAUUGAUCUGGACAUUCUGUAAUGUCAAUGUAAUGGCCCCGGUAACCCACCUUUCUUAGCUUUCAGUUCAAAUACAGCAGUGUUAUAUUUAUUUCUUGUAUUUAGAUAUCCACAAGAACACUGACAGGACCUGUCUUGUUCUUUGUUCAGAGGUCCCCUGUUUGAUGGUCAUGAGUUUAAUUUUAUUACCUAUGGGUCAAAUCAAAAUUUAGUUCAAAGCUUAUUUUCCGUCUUUCACCACUCAUAAUCAUACAUUAACAUACCCGAAAACAAAGAAAGGUAAACCAAGGAUAAGACUGAAACACAGCAAUAACACUUUAGCAGUCAGGGGGGGUGACAAAAAUGUGGAAGAGGGUGCAUGUGGGGAUACAAUUGAUGGCAUGGUAAUUGAGUGUGAUCAGGUAAAAAUAGGUAAAUCCCAAAUCUUCACAGUUAUAUUUCCAUUAUUCUGCCAACAAUCAGGGCUGUCAUUAAAAGGUAGGGGCCGGGGAUUUCCCCCAGCUACUUUCAGGGGAAAGUAGAAGAAAAAUGGCAUUAAAAGAAAUCUGUGGCUGUUUUUUUCCUGGUCUCUACUUGUUGUAAUAACUAUUUACUGGGCAACUUGAAAUCUUACAGUGACAUCCCUGCAACAUUUCAGUUUUGAGUUUGGCUCAUCAAUGAUGGCAGAGUCUAAUGGUUGCCAUAGUGCAAUAGCAAGGGCACAGUCAUUUCAUGAGAAUUUCUGUUGUUGCCAUGUGAAUUGUCAAAUGCUUUUGAGAGUUGCAUUUAUUGUUAUGAAUUAGUAUUUACACUUCAAACAGACUUUUUCAGUCUUAAUCUUAAUCUUAAUCAGCAAAACUAUAGUUUUGGGACUAACUCUGACUACUAGAAAGAAUACCUGCCAACUUUUUCUCAGUCAUAUGCUUGAGAUUUUCACCUCUUCAAGACCUGGAUUUCUAAAUAUGAAAAACAAGACUUUUGAAUGUUGUCAAAAAUGUCCCACGAUGUUGCAUAACCUGAGAUCAGGCAUUAUUAUUUUUUUAACUUCUUUGCUUCUUUGACUCGAGAGGGAAAAAAAUAACGCCUUAUACAUUCAUUUAACAAGCCGUCAACCCCCUCCUAAUUUUUAUAACCUAACGUCUGCUUGACCUGUCAUGUUAUUAGCCAAUCAGUGUUUACCAAAGAGGAAUCAAAUUUUGGAGUGCAUAAUGUAUCUUUUGAAAUUAAUUUUAGGGAAAAGAAAUCAAAGUUCUCCAUUUUGACACUCCUUAAAAAGCAAGGACAGGAAUUUCGUUUAGUACUGCAUGUAAGCUCCUUGAUGAGCCCUUGUGUUUUUGGGACAAUUUCAACGUGGUUGCAUUUCAGCAAAACGACAGAUUUGAACAUGUUCAUCCAACAGUAAAUCACUUUAAUUUAUAAUCAAUUAAUUAAUUGCAAGAAAACACACAAUUGAAAACACGGGACAAUGCUUCAUCAACUUUCCUCUGUGAUCUUGUCUUUGAAAUACUGGCCUGGUGUUAGGUGUCAGCAUAAGCUUCUGUUGGCUUUUAUCUUUUUUUAGAGCCAGGUUUCCCUGAUUUUCCCACUAACUAUAAAGCCAGGCAGCCCUCCUAAUAUUAAGGUAUCAUCCACCCUCAAGCACCCUUCUCGCGUUGAUCGGCUCUAGCGCUUUUGCUUUUAAUAAAUACCCCCAUAAACCAUACAUUUUCUGAAAGCUUAAUAGUUCCAGAAUAUUGUUUAUUCCUUUUAAGAAAUCAAAAUAUUAACGCAAUUUAGAAAUGAGAAGCUUUUUGUGAAAGUGGGUGCCACUGUAAAGUUAAGUGGAGGCCAGCCAAACAUAAGUGGAAGAAGCCAAUUAAGAUCGCAUUUGCUUUGGUUGACUAAAAAACCGUGUCUCAGAUUUUUGUCAAGUGCGUUUGUUCUGUUGUUAUAAGCAGUUGAAGUUAGGGAUAGCAAAUCAUUAAAACUACCUGUGAAAAAAAUACUCUUCCUCGAAAACGAAAAAAGAAAUCAAAAAUCGCAGACACAUUUUUUAGAAAAACUAUCUGACAAUAAGUUAGCCAAAUUUCAGCCAAAUUGGUUCACAGGUUGCCGACUUGGAGUUUAAAAUGUACCCUCAACUUGCACUGAUUUUCAUUUAGAGAAAAAAGUGGGAGAAGAUAUUUGGCAGCAUAUCACCCAUGACAAGAUUAUAACAGAUUAUAACACCAAAGCUGUCAAUGUUGAUGUAUACCAGAGAAGGGACAACAAUAGUGACACAGCAGGAAAAGUUAAAAACGAAACCUGACAACAGAUAAACAAUUUAUUUCAAAGGCUCUGCUCUGUUCAAUCCUUUCUGUUGUCAAGAAAGCAUCAACAUUAGUUAUUUGCAACGGGCAGUUUUCAUUUUCACACCGCAAGGAUAAAAGGGUUAGACAUAAAUAUACCCAGCUACUAAAAUAAGGGCCACCUGAAUUAAAGUAAUUUUGACUACUGGUACCAAUUUCCUUUGUCAUUUCUGUGAAUAGAAGGAGAAAUUCAACACAAGUGGAAAUGAUCCUCGCAGUUAAAUGAACAACCUAUAAGCAGUUAAAAAAAUUAAUAGCCUGAAAAAAUUCAGGCUUGACCAGGAAUCAAUCCUGACCUUGUGAUGACCAGACACAAUGCUCUAUCCAUUUUUGGCUAUAUAAUUAAGCCAACUGAAAAGCGGACCAAUGCGAGUUCAUAAUAUACAUGUGCCCAGAUGGUUGAAAUGACAUGAAUCAAAAUAUAUAAAAUGACUCAUAUUGUGAACUGCGGAUAGAUAUACAUGUACAUAAGAUCAGAAGCUGCUGUACAUGUGAGUCACAUUAUAGGGCCUCGCUCAGUUUCCCCCUUAACUUAUAGUUCCAAUUAAUAGUACGAUAAAAGGUUAAGCUUCUACAACAAUAAUAAUCAUAAUAUUCUUGAAAUCACCCUUUCUGCAAUGUUUUUUCAAGGCGAGCACAUACUGUAACUGUCCUGAUGAUUAUGCUGUGUGUCCUCGUAUAUGUUGGAGUGUUUGAAAAACCCCAUAGAGACCAUGAAUACAAUACAAAGAGGUAAGGUGUGUUAAUUAUUAUUUCUUUAACAUUUUAAAUGCUGCUGGACAUCUACUAUAUAAUAGCCACUCAUCUCCCCCUUUUACUCUUAGCCUUCUCUACAGCUUCCUUCCUCGCCCUUGUGUGAUUUGUCGGUGAUUAAAAAAUAUCACAAUUUUACAUACUCAAACGGUUGGACAGUCUGCACAUUUAGGCAUACACUUGAGUGUGCAGAGGUGUUGUGCCUGACCAUCACCUUGAAGUUUCCUUAGACAAGAAAAUUGGCUCCACUUUGUCUCUCUUCACCCAACUUGUAAACAUAUACAUGUAUACUGGUGACGUGGGGUUUCAUUAGAAGUUCCAGGGACCCAGGUACCAACAACAUUGUUCCCUGAGCAACACAGUACUCAACUCCAGGGGAAAUAAAGAAGCCACCUCUCAAACCAGCUUCUAAUUGACCCUUCCACAGUUUUUUUUAAAGUUUUGAUGAGGGCAUUAGUAAGCAAAUAUCAUUGACACUGCUGGAGAGAGCAACUUACAAUAGUGAAUUUACCAAGUUUAAAAGUGAUACAAAUAUCCAAAGCUACCAAAGAUACAUUUAUUGAAGUUACAUAAUUUUACAGAUAUAUGUACACUGCAUGUUGGGGAGCACAAAUUGCCCCCCAAGAUACAAACAUCUGUAAAAUUCAUCAACUUUGGGGAGCUACGUCUUUGUUCAACAAAUCACUUUUGAACCCAAUCACUUUUUAAGAUCUUCUUUGCAGCUGUGUUGAGGGAUUUUUGCUAACUGGUCUCACGGAAACAAAAGUUGAAUUAAAUCAUGGAAGGGUCAUUUGUCCCUGCAUUCUCCAAUAGUGAAAACCCUGGGUGUCACACACUGAUUGGGUUAAAAUGGACUAGCAUUUUCCAUUCAGUCGUGGGUGAGCUAUACUCGCACUACUCAUAGGUGCAUUUUGCUACACUAAGCCCAGGGUUGAAACAGAGUCUUGAAUUCUUGAAAAAGUCUUGAAAUUUGCCCAGCAAUUUUCCAGACCUGAUAAAAGUCUUGACAAUAGAGAAAAAGUGUGCAAAAAUAGUACUUAAGCAGAGUUUUUUUUUUUUGCAAAGCUACAACAACUGCUUCAUAAGUGAGCAUUUUUUUCCUGUGGUCAAUUCCCAUUCAAUCUUGCCCAUAACCAAGACAUUUAAUCACAGAAUGAGAAGUUUCAUAAGUUUCAUAAUUCUCUUUCAUUGUAUGUCCACAUUGCACCUUGGUUACCGUACAUUUGCAGUGCAUCAUGACAAAAGCUUGUUUCCUGUGUUUUUCAAGGUCUCUAUUGAACACCUAUUUGUUAACCUUCCAUCUGGAAAAAUAAAGUAUUGUUUUGAAAAAGUCUUGAAUUUUAGAUCCAAAAAGCUGUAUGAACGCUGUAAGCCAAGGCAGGUUCCAGCCUUUUGGCCUUUUAUUAAUCCUUUAAGCCCCAACAUUCACAUACAAAUUCUCCAAACUGGUCUCUAUGCAUUUUCGUAAAGAAUAAGUUGAGAGAAUUUGAUAAUAGAUCAAGGCAUUUUCUGUGUGGUGAUCGUUUUAUUAAUUCUCAUGACCUUAUCUCUUGACAAUGUAUGGAUAUCAUUGGGAGAAAAUUGAUGUUAAUCACUAUUGGGACUUGAAGGGUUGAUGUCUUUACCUUUUGUUUUUGUUGCUUAUUUCAGGGGCCUCAUAGCAUGUAUUGCAGUGUUUUUAUUAUUUGGUGUGACACAAAUUAGAGAUGGUCCUUUUAACACCCAGGUAGGCAUGGCAUGGCAAGUUGCUGUUACUUUGGAUUUAUUUUUCGUGUUUUCACCCAAUAAGUUAAAAAUGGAGCUGGUGAAUGGUCCAAGAGAAAUUAUCCCAAGCCCAUAUCCAAUGACAAUAAUGCUGAAAUUUUUGUCCUUUUGUAUUUAUAGUAUUAUUAAUAAACAUAAUUGUGACAGGUUUGAACCCAGUAGUCAUUUCAUGUUAAGUUGAGUAUUAUCAUCUUGGUGAAUGCAGUCCUGAAUGUAGGACUGUUGUUGAUGACAUUGACUUAUGUUUCAGCAACCUGUGUGGUAGUCAAAUUCAGAGUCAAAGUGAGUUGUGUCAGGUCAGUUGAUGGUACUGUUGUUAAACUACCAUCAUCUGACGUGAAUCUAUCAACUGACAUGAUGCAACUCACUUUUACUCUGAAGAUGACUACCGCACAGGUUGUCAAAACGUCAGUCACUGUCAACAAUAACAGUCCUAUUCAGUACUACGUUCACCUGAAUGAUCAUACUCAACCCACUUACAAAAGAAAUAUGUUAUUUACUCACUCGUUUCCCAUUACUUACAUGCAUUACUCUUGAAGAUUUCUUGCAUGUGUCGUUUUGAUUUUACUUGGUCAUUUAUCUAUCAUUUUAUUUUUUUGAUUGCAGCAUUUUGGCGACUCAUUCUCUGUUUAAGUGUCAUCUACGAACUGGCCCUCAUUUUCUUGUUAUUUCAGGUACAUGUAUGGGGAAAGGGAGUGAACUAGACCUUCCUUGUUCCCUGUUGAAUUCACUUAGAUACUGUUAAGUGUUACAAGAACUUACUGUGGCUUAUACUUAAGUUGUCGAAUAAUCAGUGUGAAUCUUUUUAGACAACUGAUGAUGCCAGACAAUUGCUGAAGUAUCUUGAUGAAGAUUUGGGCAAAUCUUUGCCAGAGCAGUCUUAUGGUGAAGACUGCAGGCUGUAUACACCUGGAGAUCCGAGGGGACCUUUUCACAAUUUUUUAGUAGGUGGAACAGAUUAAUAGCUGAUAAUUAAAGUUAAUAGCAAAAUUGUCAUCUGUAAGUUAGAGGAUAGUAUACAGUAGUAGUGAUUCAUAAAGGACAGCCAGGUGCUAAGAACAUUGUUUCGGCGUUCAUGAUGGUGCCAGUCCCUUUCUGGGAAUAUUUUGAGUUGCAGUGUAAAUUACUAAAAAAGGAAAAUCAGGGCCAAAGGAGUGAUCUGCGCUCGUUCGCAUCAUCCUUCUCUUUCCCGUCUUUGCUUGUCUCCAGCACCCCGGGCCACUUAUAAAGUACAGUGUACAGCUGUACAUGCUCCUCACCAAGCCUUGGAAAAGCUUGCCUGCGUCACAGACGCUCUAAACCUUCUAUAUUAAUGGUUUGGACGAGUGCCUGGAGUGCGUGGGCCGGCUGCAACGCAGGCUAGGAGAAGCCUGUGUAGGAAAAAGUAGCUAGUGAUUUGUUGCCGACUCCUGCUCAGUGCUGCUUGUUCUAUGUCACUGCUAACAUAUUAAAAUGUCACAAAUGAAAGGACAAUUAAAACUAGACUACUUACGAGUAGUCCCCCAUUUUUCCUCAGGGAUAGUAGAGCGAGCGAAACGCGAGCGCGCGUGAAAAUCACCCCAGGCGAGAAAAGGCGACACGCGGCAUUUUUCUCUCUCCCUGCCGCGUGUCGCCUUUUCUCGCCCGGGGUGAUUUUCUAUCCCUGAGGAAAACUAGGGGACUACUCGUAGGCGAAAUUAUAACAGGUAUCAUCUUGUAUCAGGUCUUAGGCUUAGAGGGUUUUAUUAGCUGCUGCUAAUAAAAUCAGUCCGUUAGCAAUGCCCCCUCUCCCACUCCAUUGAGAAAUUAAUGCAUGGCUCCUUACUGAAUGUCCUUCAGUAGUUAAGUUAUUUUUGCACUGGUUUACCAGUCACACUCCAUGCUGAUGAAUAAUCUGUGAGUUUGUUUUGCUUUCGUUUUGUACAGGAAAAGUGUGAUGUCUUUCUCCCAGCACAUUUCUUUGGUUGGUGGGCAAAGGUAGGUUCGAUUAUUUGUAUGCAUUUCUACUAAAUAGGGAAACUUUUUAAGUUUUCAAUAACGUAACUAAUAAGAAGGGAGAGCAUGCUCCCAGAUUCCAUUAAGAUACUAGUGACCACGGGUAGGCAACCAUGUUUGCCACGUAGUUAUAAAAGGCGACCAUUAUUUCCCGGAUGAGAUAAUGGCGUUACCAUUCUACCCGGUAGCUUACCUGUUUUUCCGGGGUAACAGGCAAUCUAUCCGUAUGUACGACUACGCGUAUAGGAAAUUCACCCGUUCCCGUACACGAAAAUAGGGAGUUUAAGAUACCACGACGGCGACGGCGACGAAAACGUCGAUUCAAAAGUGAAUUUGCGUUCUUUCAAUCUCUAUCGCGAUUACUCCUACUCAUUUACUUCGUCAAAUGCAAACGAACUCUUUUUGAGCCGAAUUCCUAAGAACCAUAUUCAAGUUCAGAACGAGAAAGAAACUUCAGCCGUCGCUUCUUUAAGACUUCCUUAAAACGUGAAGAUAGGCAUUUUCCCGUCGUAGUCGUGCAGUGACGGCAAAGAAAUGUACAAAAAAGCGUGAUGCAUGUGCAGAGUUGUUGUUUUGCCUAUUCAACCUAUUGCUUUUUUGACGUUCUUGUCGUCGGGGCCGGCGUGGCAUCUUAAAGUCCCUACUGGUGCAUGUUAAGGUCUCUACUGUUGUAGGAUUUUCUCCCCCCUCUAACCUACAUAUCCAGCCGCGUUUGCAGGCAUCACUUAGAACUCUCCUUUUUGGGUAGAGAGAACCGACGAGCCGAAAUACUUCUCCGUUUGCAGGUUGCAGGCUAUCCCUCCUCCCUCUAGAAACAUUCCUGCCUAAGCUUUUGUGCACCUUUGUUUAACAGACUGCAAAACAGUCGGUUUUUUCCUCAAAAUCAGUAAAGAAAUCGGUAAAGCGUGGCGUAAGAGUCUUACGCGCGCUUCGCGCACGAGCCUCACACGCCCGUAGGGCUUGUGAGGCCAGAGAAGAAGUUCAGAAGAGAAGAAGACGUAUUUUUAGCGUCUCUCCCCAGUCUCGCUCUCUGUUUUCAGCCUCGUUCCAGACCUUUUGUCAGACUGCUCGCGCGUACUUGAAUACGCAAAAAGACGGACUGUUUUGGAGUCUACUUUGUUCCAAGCACAACUACCUGUAUUUAUUUGACCUUUUUCUCUUUUUUUUUCUUUUUCUUCCAGGCUCUUAUUCUUCGUGAUUACUGGUUGUUAACUGUAAUAAGUGUUCUCUUUGAAGUACUGGAAUAUUCAUUGGAGCAUCAAUUACCAAACUUCAGUGAAUGUUGGUGGGACCAUGUAUGUAAAUGUCAUGAUACGUGUUAAUCUGUUUUAGUUGACAAUCUUUUACUGUCGGCUGUCUGAAUGUGUUUUUCUUUUUUCACGGUUUACGAGAUAGUUGUUUUUAGUGCAAUCGACUCCCGAUAACUCGAACUUUCAAGGGAAAUCGAAAAAAGUUCGAGUUAUCGUGAGUUCGAGUUAUUGGGAGCUAGAAAUAAUUAGCCGGAAGUAAGGGAAAAACAAGUCUUUACUGUACAGUGAACAUUUUAAUCUCAUUUAAUUGUAGAAAUGUUAGGUGAAAAUUGAAAGAUAAGAUACUUCUAGAUUAUAAAUCAGAUUAUAAAUCAGAACGUAACGUGAUAAAACAUAGCCUAAAUAGAGCAUGCGCUUUACUGUUUUGAGAAGUCAAGCUGUUUCACGUUAGAUUUGUGACAAAAAACCGACGUCAGCCUUCGCUUGUAAACUAUAUACCUACAACACGUCAAUAGGAAAUUCAAAAUGCAAUUUUUCGGACGCCAGUACACGGUUUUUUUGCCCGACUUUAUAAGCGCUCAAAACUUGGUUCGAGUUAUCGAGAGUAAAAUUAUAUAGAAAUCAGAUAAAUGAUGUGAGGGGAAUCAAAAAUUACUUCGAGUUAGCGGGAGGUACUAAGGUCAAGACUUAUUAGAUCAGUACAUAUCAUAUAUUUUUUUAUUAUUAUUUAUUUAUUUAUUUAUGUAAUUUAGUUUUUUUCCCAUAUAGUGGGUUAUGGAUGUGAUUGUGUGUAAUGGUUUUGGAGCAUAUCUUGGAAUGAAGACAUGUGAAUAUCUAGGAAAUAAAGUAAGUUCUUUAUUAAACACACUUAAUAACUGUUCUCAAUGAAGUUUAGCCAAGUUGCACUGAGGCAAUGAUGCCGAAGCUUUGUUCACACUAUACUGGAUAGCUUUUGCACCGCCACGAAAACCAUACCGACUAGGGCUUCUGUUCACACAUAAAAACGGUUGAAGUGGUGUGACGGAGCGAGGCUCUGCCGCGCCGAUCUCUAAAGGGGGAAGAUACAUACUGAAAAGGUUUUCACACUAUAACGGAUAGCUUUUCGUGGCGCAACGAAAACCAUUCCGGAUAUGAUAGGGCUUCUGUUCACACAUAAGAACGGUUGUAGCGGUGUGACGGAGCGAAGCUCUGCCGCGCCGAUCUCUAAAGGGGGAAGAUACAUACUGAAAAGGUUUUCACACUAUAACGGAUAGCUUUUCGUGGCGCAACGAAAACCAUACCGGAUAUGAUAGGGCUUCUGUUCACACAUAAGAACGGUUGUAGCGGUGUGACGGAGCGAAGCUCUGCCGCGCCGAUCUCUAAAGAGGGAAGAUACAUGCUGAAAAGGUUUUCACACUAUAACGGAUAGCUUUUCGUGGCGCCACGAAAAGGUAUCCCAUAUAGUGCAGGGGCGGAUCUAGGGGGAGGGUGCAGGGGGUGCGCACCCCCCUGAGAUGACCUGCGGUUUUCUAAUACAACUGGUAUCCUGCAAAAAAAAACUAUGUGAUUUAUUGGUGUUGAAGUAGAGCAAGAGACGAGUGCACCCCCUCCUAAAAAAAAUCCUGGAUCCGCCCCUGUAGUGUGAACAUAAUCUCAGAUGAGGCAUAUUUGUGAAGUCUAAUUUCUAUAAUAUGAUCGGUACAAUUGCUAAAAAAAAAACACUAACGACCUGAACUGUCAUAUAAAAACCAGUCUUAAAGUUGAACUGAAGUCUAUCUUAGCUUCCUUUGUUGCAACGAUACCUAUACGGUCAUUUAAGAGAUAGUUUGCAGAUGAUCACUGAACGCCUAUAGUGGAACUUUUAUUUAAAUAUCUUAGCAAUCGCAACGAGUAAAUGGAAACCAGUCUUAAAAGGUGUUAUAAUCUUACAAUAUUUACACUCCAAUUUGUAAAAUACCGCCCUCCCUCACACAAACGCAUUACGCUAGACUUGUCGCAGUGCUAAUUCAAUUCAGAAUUUCAAUGGCUGAAGACCGCUGGUUAUACUCCUGUACCUUACAUAUCCCAUAUGAGAGAUUUAUACGGUAACCUUUUUUAGAUUUAGGUUAAUCAUUAGAAUUGUCAUCGUUAUCAUCAUUUUUGUCAUUGUUAUCGUUUUAUCUCUGUGUUCAGCCAUAUCACUGGAGAGGGUUAUGGAAUAUUCCCUCCUACAGGUACGUGUCUCUGUACUGUGUCACUGUUACUGUAUUUUCAAGUUCAAGGGAAUAAUGCUUGCUCUUGUUCAAUCUUCUUCAUUUUAGCCUCAAUUUGCAGGUACACCGUUCAUCUUCAAAAAGCCGCGCUUAGAUUUGUAGGAUUUGGCUUCUGGAAAGCAGGAAAGCAAGUUUUAUCAGCGCAACCUGACCAAUUUGAGCCCUUUCUUCUCUUAUUGUGAGCUUUUCUUUGUCAGCCCGCAUUCUAAUUUUCCGCUUCGCUGAUUAUGAAUAAUUAAUGAUGUCCCUCCAUUCUGCGCGAUGAAGUAACAGAUUGACUCUGUAACUGACAUUGUACUACCUGUUUAUUUUGCAGUGGAAAGUUUAAGAGGGUAGCUGAACAAUUCACUCCAUAUUCUUGGACAUCGUACAAUUGGAAAGCCACCACUAGUCUCACUAGGUGGCUGGCAGUUUGUGGAAUUACUGCCCUGGUAUGUUUCGUUGUUCCUGUUUUCGCUUUAUUCUAUCAAAAUACGGUUUUUAUAGCUUGCGUUUGGAGGAACGGGCGUGUAGUGCUGGAAAAUCUCUGUCAGACAUCCUUGGAGUAACUUUUUAAUCCCCUGUCUUUCCUCGCGAUAAACGAUUGUAAAGGCCUAUCAACUAGUUUGAGAAGCUGCUAUCCCGCUCACCCCAUGCAUGCAAUUUUUACUCUCUCCACGUGGCAGGUGUUUGAACGGGGAGGGAAUAGACAUUCGUGUGCGCUUGUGGAAGAACGGGGGCGAUAUUAGGUUCCCUUCCGCCCCCCUCCACCUCGCGCGCCUUUCGCGCUCCUCGUGCGCCCGAAAUCCCAAUCUCCUUCGACCCUUUCGAACGGCUGCCACGCAGGCUAUCCUUAUUCGAUUACCAUGAAGUCAAGAUCGUUCUCGACACUCGACAAUCACGCGCGGAAAAAAUAUGGGACUACCCUGCCUUUAACUUUCUUAUGUUUGGUAAACUCCUCAUGGUGUAGUCAUUGAGGAGGUAUUCAUACUUUCUUUCCUGUACUCUGUUUGUUUAUUUGUUUGUUUGUUCUGAAUCAUACUCGGGAAUGGAAUUCUAUUUAGUACUUAUAUUAAAGAUCUGGAGGGGACAAAAAACUAGCGGAAGACGCAAACGACACAGUUUAAGAGAAUAAAUGAUUUUCAGUUCCUUACAGCUGAACUGAACUUGUUUUACCUGAAGUUCAUCCUGUGGAUUCCUCCUCCUCACUUCAUAAUGCAAGCUCGAAUGGCACUGUAUCUUGGGAUGGGAGCAGUUGCUCUAAAUGAGACUUAUAGAUACAUGGAUGACCCGUGAGUUGUUGAAUGUUUUUUUGUUGUGUUUUACGUAAUUUUAUUUUAAUUUAUUUGAGAGUUGGUUACCGAACGUAAUUUCGUGAUUUCUUUGGGUUUUCAUCGCCACGCCUUCUUGGUCCCCCAGUUUUCCUUCUUUUAAACGAAAACCAUUCGAGACCUUCCACUGAGUACAAAGACAGCUUUUAGAGCAAAUCGUUCUCGCAGAGGAGCUUCAUUACAGCUUGGUGAGAAUUGAAACUACUGGCAUUCACAAGUGCUGUACAAAGACCAAAACACUUCCUUGCCUUCCCUCGACACCGCACAACAUACGCCAGCAGGAAAACCAAAUUAUCUAUCCGGCGUAUCAAAAUACCAAUAUUUCAUGCCUUUUUUUUCUGCAAAGAUGUCAAACUAGUGCUACAAUAUUAGAGACAUUAAGAUCGAGGUUUUUCGACGUUUCCCGCGAACCGCGAACCGCGAACGUCAAGAAGUCACGUGACCAGUGCCUUCACGGCUUGCCGUCAAGUUUGCAGUUUGAUGUUGAAGUUCUUACGGCUAGACCACGCUCUAGAGGUGAGUGAUUUACCGCAAGGUUUUUUGCUCCCGAAAACAUCACAGUCCCACGUUUGAGAGGGAAUCUUUUUCUCUAAGUAAUUGUCGAAUUCGAAGUAGAAGUGAGCGAAUGAAUGAAAACAAACGUGAGAGCCGAAAGUUCCACUCGCGAAGCUCAAGUCUCAAAUAUAGGCAGGCGGGUAACAUGAAACCGCUAACCGAAAACCGCGGUUUGCCGUUUGCCGUAAGAUGGGCAAACCUCGAUUUUAAGGUCUCUAUUAUCGCUAUUAAGUAAAACUGCACUUGUGUUACAAUUUUUAACCGCCCACAAUUGAUAUGCGGCCUUUAUGUCAUGACCUUGUAGCACCUGUAAACGGUUCGGACAGCAAGCGUGGGUGGUUGCUGCCAUAGUGGCGACUGAAAUACUAAUCUGUGUCAAGUUUGGCUGGGACACACUCAGCAUCCCUUUCCCUUUUCACGUAUCUGCCUUCUGGAUCCUCUUCGUUAGCAUUUGGUUCAUCUGGACGGUGUGGAAUUUUUGGCCUUCAAUCAUCGGCGUCCGUUAGAGUACAUCGUGAUGCUGAGGACAAAGAUGCUGGGAGCGUCACGCCGAAUCGACCCAAGCAUGAAUAAGAGGCGAUCUUCGAUUGUGUUCACACUAUACAUGAUAGCUUUUGCGCUGGAAGGAAAACCAUUUUGGAUAGUGCUUCUGUUCACACACAAGAAGUUUCGAAGAAAGUCUACGAGGGGGUAAGCUU